ACAAAGUGGUAUUUGAUCGACGCUAAAUAGAAGCAGAUACGCUUUUCGGAAGUAAGGAAUAAUGUGUAAGUGCAUUCAGGCCAACUACAAAGUAGACAAAUGACGUAGCGAAAAUCAAAGGUGCACGCCUCAAAGCUUAUUGUGUUGUAGCCGGACUGACGACGUCCCUCGCCAAGACCAACAUCACAGCCUCUGAUCGCCGAAAGUACUUGCUAUAUGACUGCCAAGUUUUCGCUUAUCAUCUGACUCUAGAGACUUCUUUUAUAUGAUUAAUGAUUCUAACAAUUUCUUAACCUGUGUAAUACUAAUACUGGCACAGGACACGCGUUGUUAGAGUUCGAAACUAACGGAAAAUGUGGAUUGUGACUCUGCAUAGUUCGGACAUUUCCGGUCAUUCAUCGAAAGCGUCUUAGACAUUAGAAACCGCUGGUCUGAAACUAGUUUUGAGAUGUGAGCCAUGCAUCAAUGCUUAAGAGUAAAGCAGUUAGUGGGACAAACGUCAUAUUGAAUUUGUUAAAAGACUGAAUAUUUAUAUUUAACAGUCGGUUGUGGAUAGAGGUGUCAAAACACAGUUGUCAAAUGGUAGUGAUGAGUCUUCCGUCUGCUCGGCGGCGUCUUGGUAGAAUACGGUGUGUGCAGGAAACAAUAGCGAGCUUAAUAGAAGGGAAACCAUUGCCGGCAAGUUUGUGUUACGUGCCGCUCGAGUUGGAGUAUUAUUCGCCUGGCAAGAGUAUUCUUAAGCUUCAUGCUUCCCACUGCACUAGCAGCCAGAUCGUGAAGGAACUGGUGUGCACCGCAGAAUCAAGACUUAUUGUGAAAGGAGAGGAACUGUGCAACAAACACGGCAAGUGGCUUCAGAUUAAAAAGUUCAAACAGUCAUCAAACACUGAUUUUGAAGAUGUGGAUGUGGAAGCUUGGCUGUUGUUGUUUAGCAACCGUAGUUCAGUGGAGGAAACUCCACCAGCAGUACCUGUCACCAAAGAUAUGCAAAUCUCUGAACACCUGAAGGAUACCCUUUGCAGCUGGGAAGAUGUUGUGGAUGAUCACUUUUCACUGAAAAUACAGCAGCGGUGUUUGCGGGUGGCACCAGCAGAUGAAAGUGCAGUGAAGGUAUUGCAAGCUGUGUCAGGAGCCUGGUCACUGGAGCAUGACGAAGCUUUGGUUCAGCUCAUGGCUCAACACAUUCCCCGUGAUAACGAUGCACUGGGAGCAAUCAAGUCAUUUGUGGAGCUUGUGGAUGUCUCCUCUUACUGUGAUGAGGAUGGGCCACUAAACCUCACUGAUGGCGACCCAGAUACAUACUGGGAGAGUGAUGGUAGCCAGGGUCAGCACUGGAUACAGCUUCGCAUGAAAAAAGGGACAGUUAUUAAGAAGCUGUGUAUUACCCUGGAUGGAUCAGAUGACAAUUACCUUCCAUCACGUCUAGUGGUACAAGGUGGUGAACAAGAAAAUUUAAAAAUCCUAAAUACUGUUCACAUAAACUGGACUAUCACAGGUACUCAGGAUGUGGUACUGCUGGAGAAUAUGACUGAGCAUUAUCCUGUCAUCAUGAUUCGCAUCAAAGAGUGCUUUGGAGGCAUUGACACCAGGAUCCGAGGCAUCAAGUUAGUGUCCACAGAAGAGCGCUCUCUUGGCUUUGAUCGAGACUUCUUCACAACCAAAAACCUUGUUCGUUUUCCAGUGCUGGAGUCUUUUAGCCCUGAUGCGCUCUACCGUCGUGCUAUAGCUCUGCAAAGGUUUGUGACCACUUUAGACAGUGUUCUUCAGUACAUGGUCCCUGCCUGGCAACACACAGUGGGGUCCUAUACAUGUCUACAGAAAAUACGACAACUGCUGCUUUUAUCCAAAAGAAGGCUGAAUCUUAUUGAGGUGUUUCUUAAGGACACAGCUGCUGAUCCUGCGGAAAAACCAGUUGUGUACAUCAAUAGAAGAGCUGCCAUGGAGCAUCGUUGCGACCCCAGUUUGGACCCUGACUGCAAGUCUACCGUGUUUGUUCAGUUGUUUGAGGGUCUCAAGCCUCGUGAUCUUACAUCUCGUCCAUUGCAUUACAGGUGGUCUUCACGUUAUGACCAGUGGUGGGAAUGCAAGUUUCUGUCAGAAGGCAUCAUUGAUCAAGGUGGCGGUUUCCGUGACAGUCUGUCAGACAUUGCAGAGGAACUGUGCCCAACUUCAGCUGAGAGUUCUCUUCCUCUCUCCUUCUUUAUCAGGGCACCCAAUCAGACACACAAUGACUCCAAUGUGAACCGUGAUGUGUACAUUCCAAAUCCAGCAUGUCAAGAGUUUGAGAAAUUUGAGUGGAUUGGAAAAUUAAUGGGAGCAUGUUUUCGAAGCAAAGAAAAUCUGGUACUGUCAUUGCCAUCAUUUUUUUGGAAGACAAUGGUGGGAGAGACAACCACCUGGUCUCGAGACUUUCACACUGUUAACAGUGCAGAGGUUCUACUCAUCAAUAGCUUGGCCUCAAUGGACUCUGAUACAUUCACUGUACUUGGGCGAAACUGGAGUGUAUUGCUAAGUAAUGGUACCCAGGUGGCACUGCGCAUCAAUAAAGAUGGCAAUCCAGAAAACUUGGAUUACAAUGACCGCAUGCAGUAUGCACAGGAAGCACGCAAUAUUAUCAUGAAUGAAAGCCAGGAACAGAUGGAGGCUAUACGGCGAGGUCUAAUGUCUGUGGUUCCUCAGGCUGUUCUGGAGUUGCUGACAUGGCAGGAGCUAGAAUCUCGUGUGUGUGGUGACCCAUUUAUUUCAGUUGAGGCACUUCGCAAAACCACUUAUUACGAUGAUCUUGAUGAAGCUGACAUCCGUGUAAAGUACCUGUGGGAAGCACUGACAGCAUUCUCCAAUGAAGACCGCAGUCGCUUUCUGCGCUUUGUCACUGGUCGGAGGCGAUUACCAGCCCCUCUUGUUAUCUCAUCAGGAAAGGGAGAUGGCAUGGAUUCCCUGCCUGAGUCUUCUACAUGUGCCAAUAUGCUGUACCUGCCGUAUUACUCUAGUGCCAAGAUGGCUGAAGAGAAAUUGAGGUAUGCCAUCUACAACUGCAUUGCUAUAGACAAUGAUAUGAAUCCAUGGGAAGACUAGACAUCACCAUGCUUUGCUUCCUUUCCAGAUGUUGCUGUUGCCUAUUAUUUCUUGUCUGUUAUUUGUUAUGUUCCUAUGCUUUGCUAUUUGCUGUUUGUAAAAAUAGGACUAAUGAACUCAUUAGAAUUCAUGAAUCACUGAUUUGUGAUGAUUUACAAGUUAUUCAUAUAUAAUGUUUCCAUUUUACCAAAGCUACCUUGUAUGCUGCUAGGUAAGAUCUUAAAUAAACCAUGAUGACUUUAA